AUGCAACAUUUCAGUCCCGGUGAAAAGCUGAAGGCCCAGACCGGAGACUGGAGAGCAGCAAGGCAUGGUCUUAACACCGUGGCGACCCAAAGCAGUUUCGGGGACCGCCCUGCGUGGGUUCCCAUGUCCUUCAGGUCGCAGGCUUCCCUGCUGUCGGAUCUGAUGGCAGAUCACGCUGCGGGGGCGGACCUGGCUUUAGUGGGUGAGAAGGGCUCCGGCAAGUCUGCAAUCGUCCGUGCUUUUGCGGCCUUGCUUGGCUACAGGACCCGCAGUCUCUUCUGCUAUCGGGACAUGAGCUCUCGCGACCUCCUGCAGCGCCGCAUGACUGAUCCACUCGGUAACACGGAGUGGAGGGACUCCUCCGUCGUGGAGGCAGCCAUUUGCGGCGACCUGGCCAUCCUCGAUGGUGUCCAUCGUCUUGCCAAGGGCAGUCUCUAUGCCACCUUGGCACCUCUGCUUUCGGACCGUGCGUGCGCUCUGCCGGAUGGGACGCUUCUGUGCUCUCCACGAUUCUGGGAGAAGUGGUCAGAAGGCGGCAGCCUGGCCGCACUGGGCGCUCGCCAGGUGCACCCGGCUUUUCGGCUCAUAGUGUGUGGGGAGACUCCGGAGUCGGGACAAUCUCGCGGCUGGAUAGACGAGGAGGUUGGGACCCUUUUCCAUUUCCACGCUGUCGCGGCCCUGCCCAGCCACGAACAGCGAAGCUUGGCGGUCCUAUGUGCUGCGACAGCAGCCGAAGCCAAGGACAAGCCAGUCGACAAGCUGCUCGCAUACGGCCAGGCUGCCAAAGCUGCAGUCUCCAAGGACGCGGACCUCAGGCCUCUUCAGCUAAGCCUUCGCGCACUGCUCCGGGCCUCCAGGCAUCUGUGCCUGCGGCCGGAAGAUGCCGCGGGCGCCAUAGCGCGCGCCUUCUCGGCGCGGUUGACGUUCCUACCAAGCUCUCAGCGGCAGCUUGGCGAGAAGCUCCUGGCAGAGGCAGGAAUCCGACCCUCUCCGCGAGAGACGAACAUCACGGCUUCUGAAGUUGCGGGACAGUUGCAGCUGGGCAGCGUGCGCUGUCAACUACGCACACCAAAUCGACCGGAACUUGUGCCGCAGGUUCAUUUCGUUGAGACCCCCGCUCACAUGACCUUACUGCAAAGCAUGCUGGUGAGUUGGAUUGCCGGACAGCAUCUCUUGCUGGUUGGCAACCAGGGCGUCGGAAAGAACAAGCUUGCAGAUCAAUUACUGGGCUUGCUUCGUUGUGAACGCGAGUAUGUCCAACUGCACCGUGACACUACCGUGCAGAGCUUGACCCUGUCCCCAACUCUGGAGGCUGGCGUGGUUGGAUGGCAGGAUUCUGCACUCAUUCGCGCAGCGCGCGCAGGGAGAUGUCUUGUGGUGGAUGAAGCAGAUAAAGCUCCAUUGGAGGUGGUCUGCGUCCUCAAGGCUCUCGCAGAAGAUGGCGAGCUUUCACUGCCCGACGGCCGUGCUCUGGUUCGUUCGAGCGACCCGAGGGCAUCCGCUGGCGAUUCUGACGAGUUUCUGCCCAUUGCGGAUGGCUUCCGGAUGAUAGUUCUGGCCAACAGGCCAGGAUUUCCCUUUCUCGGCAAUGACUUCUAUCGGGUUUGUGGGGAUGUCUUUGAUUGCCACGCUGUCGAGUACUUGGACAAGGAAAGUGAAUUGGAACUUCUCCGGCAAACUGCACCGCUUGUGCCACAGGAGAAGCUUGCCGCUCUGUCCGACCUUUUCUUGGACUUGCGAAAGCUCUCAGAUGCCGGGCAGCUGUCCUACCCGUACUCCACUCGCGAUUUGGUCAAGCUUGCAGCUCACGCACAGCAUUUUCCAGGUGAUUCCUCGGAAGAGCUGGCUGCCAACGUCUUCGGCUUUGAUGCGUACCAGGAGGAUCAGCGCGAUCGUCUGCUCAAGGCUCUACGCCGCCACGGGUUUGCCAAAGGGAAGGCCGGCGAGGCCGAAUUGUUCGGAGAAAGCCGUGGAAGGAAGCAUCUUCGACUCAUCCAGCGAUAG